AGAUCUCGAAAAGAGGAAAGAAAGGAAGCUCAGUGUCACGUGAAGGAAGAGCGUACGUCAGUUCAAGAACUACUGGUGGUGCAGACGAGUAUCAUGGCUGUAGCCUAUUCCAUUCUUGUUGGUCACCCAUUCCUAAUGCAUCCGAAUCUUUGCCGUCACCCUGGCAUUCCGUCUACAGUUGGAUCAGUAGCACAGGACAGGCAAGAUGGUACCAAUAGCGAUCACACAGACAGUUUGCAUUCAGAAGCAGAUCCACAGGCUUCUCCAGUACAAUCACAAAAAUCACCCACAUGCUUCUAUUAUGCAAAUAUCUGGAGGAAAUCAGCGGAGGAACCUUAUCAGACAAGCGAAACAAUUCCCACAUUUUCAUGUCCUCCUCAAUCAACUUCCUUAUCUUCAUCAUUUGUAUUAGAACAGAAUGUAUCUCGAACAGUACGGUAUGCUCCACCACCACCACCACCGCCACCACCACCACCACCGCCACAACCGCAACCUCAACCUCAACCAUAUCUUACCGGUAAUGGUAUGGUACCAUCAUCAGCACAAACCAUGCCUUUUUUUAAUGGCGAGAAAGAAUAUGAUCUUAUUCAGGAACUGCUGAAGUUAAACAUCCAGGGUUGUAUUGGAUCAGGAUCCGGAAUGGGCACACUAAGCCAGAAUUCACUAAAUACUGCGUCACUGCAUACAAAGUUGCAAGAUGUGAAACAGGACAAAGGUUCACUUCCAGUGAAAGCUGUUGCAAAAUUCCCCGCCGCAUACGAUACAGGUACCACUAAGCAGCGCACGUCCAACACAGUACCGCUUGAACAACAAUCAAAUCAACUGUAUUCCCCUCAUCAACAAAAAUUAGAUUUACUAAACUGUUGGUCAUCAACAACACCCUCACAUCAAAUAUCCACUGUGAUGCCUCGUCCUGUAGUUGGCCAGAAUGCGGUGAUGAAGAGAGGAUCAUCGCCAAGAGAGGAUGGAGAACUGGACCCCAUUGUGGCGGAAAUGUUACGUCAACAGGCAUUAUACGAACAUUUAUGUGGUGUUUAUCUGUCUGGACAGUUACCAGUACCACCCAUCUUCAAAUUAUACACUCCGCCGCUAAGGUCAUAUCGUAGUUCAACAUCUGCGCUGGAAUUACAUUUACGUCUGGAAGAAUGUACCGAGCAGUAUCGUCAAUUGGAGAAAGAACGUAAAAAGACAGAGGCGGAAUUAGCCCGACACAAUCUCGGUAAAAAAAUAUCCUCAACUAAUAAUAUGCCAAUUCCUCGUCUCGUGCAAGUGCCCUCCAGAAUCGACCGUCUCAUUGUUGAUUUCUUCAGGGAGCAUGCACGCGUUGUUACAUUAUUGGCAAAAAUGGAGCAACUUCGAGAAGCACCACUGCCACUUGCGGUUCACGUUGCAUUGCGUGAAUUGCAUGAUGCAAUUAAAGUGUUACAGCAAUGUCGAAUUAAUGAAAGGCAUGUCAUAUUGCAGCAUCUUCGCGGUGAAAUGAUCCGAUUCAAUGAAGAUUUAGAGACGAGUACGUUGACGACAGCUCUGACAAACAUAUGCAGAGCAGUGGUCAGAGCUCGAGCAGCAAAUUGGUGUUCCCUAAUGUGGACUAUUGGUGUGGACGCGGAUAGCGAGCAGCAUAUCGAUCGAAUUCUCAGUGCUGACUUCCAGAUAGCACCUCCGGAAAUCAAGCAUCGUCCUGUUUAG